CCCGGCCCCCGCCCCGCGCCCCGCGGUGUCGCCGGGCCCUGGCGGCAGCGGGCGCGGCGCGGGAGCGGCGGCGCGAGGAGAGCGGGACGCAGCGGCGGCGGGGACGACCCGGCGGGAGCGGAGGCCGAGCCGCGCGGAGCCCGCGCCCCCGCCGCCCCGCCCCGGCCAGCGACGCGCACCCCCGGCCGCGGAGACAUGAGCGCCCCGCGGCCCGACGCACCCGAGGCGCAGCGGCGCGGCCCCGAGGCCCCGUGAUGGGCUCCUGCGUGUCGCGAGAUCUGUUCACAAGUGCCCACAAAGACUGCCCCAUGCCCCAGGGCACGGAGCCCGGGAACCCAGACCUGCCCUCCAGAUACCCACCCACCAUUGCUCCAGGACAUGUCACUGGCAAGGACAAACAGAUGGAUUUCUGUUGGGAUCCUUGGCAGAGGUGCUUCCAGACCACCAACGGCUACCUGUCCGACUCCAGAGCCUGCUCCAGCAACUACAGCGUGGCCGCCCUGGCCACCUCGUCCCUCGUGGGCGUGGUGCAGAGCAUCAAGGACCACAUCACCAAGCCCACGGCCAUGGCACGGGGCCGGGUGGCCCACCUCAUCGAGUGGAAGGGCUGGAGCGCCCAGCAGUCGGGCUGGGAGCUGUCCCCGGCCGAGGACGAGCACUACUGCUGCCUGCCGGACGAGCUGCGAGAGGCCCGCUUUGCUGCAGGCGUGGCUGAGCAGUUUGCCAUCACGGAGGCCACUCUGAGCGCCUGGUCCUCGCUGGACGACGAGGAGCUGCACCCUGACAGCAGCCCCCAGGACGCCGUCCCGCUCCAGGACCUGGAGAGCGUCUACCUUCAGGACAGCCUUCUGAGUGUCCCCUCGCAGGACGACAGUCUCCUGGCCUUCUCCUCCCCCGGCCUCUCCACGGACGGCUGGCCCUCUCCCCAGGAGCCCCCCAUCACAGCUGCCAGCCCACAGUCGCCCAGCUCUGAACAGCAGCAUCGGCGGCAGCUGCUGGGGUGCCCGGGGCCUGGUGGCGGGGUCCACCUGCAGGACUCCCUGCCCUCAGUGAACAGCGGCUUCCUCUCCGAGGACGAGGUGUUCUAUAACUGAGGCUGGCCACUCUGGUCCAGCGUCUGGCUGGCUUGGCUGGUGGGCGGCCCAGGAGGGCCGGGACCCUGGGGUCAGUGUUGGGCAUCUCUUGACCCCUCGGGGGAAUGGGGGCCGGCACUCCUGUGGACCACUCUGUGCCUCCGUGACCUGCCCAGCCGUGGAAGCCAUGCUCUCCCUCCUCCUGUACUUGGCUCAGGUGGGCACCUUCCCUCCAGGUUUCCGCCCUCGGUGAGUUCCAGGACUCUCAGCAGACGCCAGGGCAGCUGGCCCUGGGGAGGCUAACAACUGGGCCUCCAGGGAGACCACCAUGAGAAGGACUGGGAGGCCAUCUGGGGCCUGGGACCCCGCCUGGAGCCUGGCUCAGCUCCUCCCUACUCCCUCUGUGCAUCUGUCCCAUCAAAGAUGGGGUGGGCUCUACGGGUAGCUAAGCCCGCUCCUCGGCUGUCCCUGGAGUGUCUGUUCCUUACUCUCUCAGCCUGCUUCCUUGGUGUCCUGUCCCCCAACCACCCCAUCUCCCUCAAGGUUCUCUGGUGACAUUAAAGUGGUGGAUCCA